AUGGACCGGUUGGACCAACUGGCCUGUUGGUCCUAUGGACCGGUUGGACCAACUGGCCUGUUGGUCCUAUGGACCGGUUGGACCAACUGGCCUGUUGGUCCUAUGGACCGGUUGGACCAACUGGCCUGUUGGUCCUAUGGACCGGUUGGACCAACUGGCCUGUUGGUCCUAUGGACCGGUUGGACCAACUGGCCUGUUGGUCCUAUGGACCGGUUGGACCAACUGGCCUGUUGGUCCUAUGGACCGGUUGGACCAACUGGCCUGUUGGUCCUAUGGACCGGUUGGACCAACUGGCCUGUUGGUCCUAUGGACCGGUUGGACCAACUGGCCUGUUGGUCCUAUGGACCGGUUGGACCAACUGGCCUGUUGGUCCUAUGGACCGGUUGGACCAACUGGCCUGUUGGUCCUAUGGACCGGUUGGACCAACUGGCCUGUUGGUCCUAUGGACCGGUUGGACCAACUGGCCUGUUGGUCCUAUGGACCGGUUGGACCAACUGGCCUGUUGGUCCUAUGGACCGGUUGGACCAACUGGCCUGUUGGUCCUAUGGACCGGUUGGACCAACUGGCCUGUUGGUCCUAUGGACCGGUUGGACCAACUGGCCUGUUGGUCCUAUGGACCGGUUGGACCAACUGGCCUGUUGGUCCUAUGGACCGGUUGGACCAACUGGCCUGUUGGUCCUAUGGACCGGUUGGACCAACUGGCCUGUUGGUCCUAUGGACCGGUUGGACCAACUGGCCUGUUGGUCCUAUGGACCGGUUGGACCAACUGGCCUGUUGGUCCUAUGGACCGGUUGGACCAACUGGCCUGUUGGUCCUAUGGACCGGUUGGACCAACUGGCCUGUUGGUCCUAUGGACCGGUUGGACCAACUGGCCUGUUGGUCCUAUGGACCGGUUGGACCAACUGGCCUGUUGGUCCUAUGGACCGGUUGGACCAACUGGCCUGUUGGUCCUAUGGACCGGUUGGACCAACUGGCCUGUUGGUCCUAUGGACCGGUUGGACCAACUGGCCUGUUGGUCCUAUGGACCGGUUGGACCAACUGGCCUGUUGGUCCUAUGGACCGGUUGGACCAACUGGCCUGUUGGUCCUAUGGACCGGUUGGACCAACUGGCCUGUUGGUCCUAUGGACCGGUUGGACCAACUGGCCUGUUGGUCCUAUGGACCGGUUGGACCAACUGGCCUGUUGGUCCUAUGGACCGGUUGGACCAACUGGCCUGUUGGUCCUAUGGACCGGUUGGACCAACUGGCCUGUUGGUCCUAUGGACCGGUUGGACCAACUGGCCUGUUGGUCCUAUGGACCGGUUGGACCAACUGGCCUGUUGGUCCUAUGGACCGGUUGGACCAACUGGCCUGUUGGUCCUAUGGACCGGUUGGACCAACUGGCCUGUUGGUCCUAUGGACCGGUUGGACCAACUGGCCUGUUGGUCCUAUGGACCGGUUGGACCAACUGGCCUGUUGGUCCUAUGGACCGGUUGGACCAACUGGCCUGUUGGUCCUAUGGACCGGUUGGACCAACUGGCCUGUUGGUCCUAUGGACCGGUUGGACCAACUGGCCUGUUGGUCCUAUGGACCGGUUGGACCAACUGGCCUGUUGGUCCUAUGGACCGGUUGGACCAACUGGCCUGUUGGUCCUAUGGACCGGUUGGACCAACUGGCCUGUUGGUCCUAUGGACCGGUUGGACCAACUGGCCUGUUGGUCCUAUGGACCGGUUGGACCAACUGGCCUGUUGGUCCUAUGGACCGGUUGGACCAACUGGCCUGUUGGUCCUAUGGACCGGUUGGACCAACUGGCCUGUUGGUCCUAUGGACCGGUUGGACCAACUGGCCUGUUGGUCCUAUGGACCGGUUGGACCAACUGGCCUGUUGGUCCUAUGGACCGGUUGGACCAACUGGCCUGUUGGUCCUAUGGACCGGUUGGACCAACUGGCCUGUUGGUCCUAUGGACCGGUUGGACCAACUGGCCUGUUGGUCCUAUGGACCGGUUGGACCAACUGGCCUGUUGGUCCUAUGGACCGGUUGGACCAACUGGCCUGUUGGUCCUAUGGACCGGUUGGACCAACUGGCCUGUUGGUCCUAUGGACCGGUUGGACCAACUGGCCUGUUGGUCCUAUGGACCGGUUGGACCAACUGGCCUGUUGGUCCUAUGGACCGGUUGGACCAACUGGCCUGUUGGUCCUAUGGACCGGUUGGACCAACUGGCCUGUUGGUCCUAUGGACCGGUUGGACCAACUGGCCUGUUGGUCCUAUGGACCGGUUGGACCAACUGGCCUGUUGGUCCUAUGGACCGGUUGGACCAACUGGCCUGUUGGUCCUAUGGACCGGUUGGACCAACUGGCCUGUUGGUCCUAUGGACCGGUUGGACCAACUGGCCUGUUGGUCCUAUGGACCGGUUGGACCAACUGGCCUGUUGGUCCUAUGGACCGGUUGGACCAACUGGCCUGUUGGUCCUAUGGACCGGUUGGACCAACUGGCCUGUUGGUCCUAUGGACCGGUUGGACCAACUGGCCUGUUGGUCCUAUGGACCGGUUGGACCAACUGGCCUGUUGGUCCUAUGGACCGGUUGGACCAACUGGCCUGUUGGUCCUAUGGACCGGUUGGACCAACUGGCCUGUUGGUCCUAUGGACCGGUUGGACCAACUGGCCUGUUGGUCCUAUGGACCGGUUGGACCAACUGGCCUGUUGGUCCUAUGGACCGGUUGGACCAACUGGCCUGUUGGUCCUAUGGACCGGUUGGACCAACUGGCCUGUUGGUCCUAUGGACCGGUUGGACCAACUGGCCUGUUGGUCCUAUGGACCGGUUGGACCAACUGGCCUGUUGGUCCUAUGGACCGGUUGGACCAACUGGCCUGUUGGUCCUAUGGACCGGUUGGACCAACUGGCCUGUUGGUCCUAUGGACCGGUUGGACCAACUGGCCUGUUGGUCCUAUGGACCGGUUGGACCAACUGGCCUGUUGGUCCUAUGGACCGGUUGGACCAACUGGCCUGUUGGUCCUAUGGACCGGUUGGACCAACUGGCCUGUUGGUCCUAUGGACCGGUUGGACCAACUGGCCUGUUGGUCCUAUGGACCGGUUGGACCAACUGGCCUGUUGGUCCUAUGGACCGGUUGGACCAACUGGCCUGUUGGUCCUAUGGACCGGUUGGACCAACUGGCCUGUUGGUCCUAUGGACCGGUUGGACCAACUGGCCUGUUGGUCCUAUGGACCGGUUGGACCAACUGGCCUGUUGGUCCUAUGGACCGGUUGGACCAACUGGCCUGUUGGUCCUAUGGACCGGUUGGACCAACUGGCCUGUUGGUCCUAUGGACCGGUUGGACCAACUGGCCUGUUGGUCCUAUGGACCGGUUGGACCAACUGGCCUGUUGGUCCUAUGGACCGGUUGGACCAACUGGCCUGUUGGUCCUAUGGACCGGUUGGACCAACUGGCCUGUUGGUCCUAUGGACCGGUUGGACCAACUGGCCUGUUGGUCCUAUGGACCGGUUGGACCAACUGGCCUGUUGGUCCUAUGGACCGGUUGGACCAACUGGCCUGUUGGUCCUAUGGACCGGUUGGACCAACUGGCCUGUUGGUCCUAUGGACCGGUUGGACCAACUGGCCUGUUGGUCCUAUGGACCGGUUGGACCAACUGGCCUGUUGGUCCUAUGGACCGGUUGGACCAACUGGCCUGUUGGUCCUAUGGACCGGUUGGACCAACUGGCCUGUUGGUCCUAUGGACCGGUUGGACCAACUGGCCUGUUGGUCCUAUGGACCGGUUGGACCAACUGGCCUGUUGGUCCUAUGGACCGGUUGGACCAACUGGCCUGUUGGUCCUAUGGACCGGUUGGACCAACUGGCCUGUUGGUCCUAUGGACCGGUUGGACCAACUGGCCUGUUGGUCCUAUGGACCGGUUGGACCAACUGGCCUGUUGGUCCUAUGGACCGGUUGGACCAACUGGCCUGUUGGUCCUAUGGACCGGUUGGACCAACUGGCCUGUUGGUCCUAUGGACCGGUUGGACCAACUGGCCUGUUGGUCCUAUGGACCGGUUGGACCAACUGGCCUGUUGGUCCUAUGGACCGGUUGGACCAACUGGCCUGUUGGUCCUAUGGACCGGUUGGACCAACUGGCCUGUUGGUCCUAUGGACCGGUUGGACCAACUGGCCUGUUGGUCCUAUGGACCGGUUGGACCAACUGGCCUGUUGGUCCUAUGGACCGGUUGGACCAACUGGCCUGUUGGUCCUAUGGACCGGUUGGACCAACUGGCCUGUUGGUCCUAUGGACCGGUUGGACCAACUGGCCUGUUGGUCCUAUGGACCGGUUGGACCAACUGGCCUGUUGGUCCUAUGGACCGGUUGGACCAACUGGCCUGUUGGUCCUAUGGACCGGUUGGACCAACUGGCCUGUUGGUCCUAUGGACCGGUUGGACCAACUGGCCUGUUGGUCCUAUGGACCGGUUGGACCAACUGGCCUGUUGGUCCUAUGGACCGGUUGGACCAACUGGCCUGUUGGUCCUAUGGACCGUUGGACCAACUGGCCUGUUGGUCCUAUGGACCGGUUGGACCAACUGGCCUGUUGGUCCUAUGGACCGGUUGGACCAACUGGCCUGUUGGUCCUAUGGACCGGUUGGACCAACUGGCCUGUUGGUCCUAUGGACCGGUUGGACCAACUGGCCUGUUGGUUCCUAUGGACCGGUUGGACCAACUGGCCUGGUUGGUCCUAUGGACCGGUUGGACCAAUGGACCGGUUGGUCCUAUGGACCGGUGGAACCAACUGGCCUGUUGGUCCUAUGGACCGGUUGGACCAACUGGCCUGUUGGUCCUAUGGACCGGUUGGACCAACUGGCCUGUUGGUCCUAUGGACCGGUUGGACCAACUGGCCUGUUGGUCCUAUGGACCGGUUGGACCAACUGGCCUGUUGGUCCUAUGGACCGGUUGGACCAACUGGCCUGUUGGUCCUAUGGACCGGUUGGACCAACUGGCCUGUUGGUCCUAUGGACCGGUUGGACCAACUGGCCUGUUGGUCCUAUGGACCGGUUGGACCAACUGGCCUGUUGGUCCUAUGGACCGGUUGGACCAACUGGCCUGUUGGUCCUAUGGACCGGUUGGACCAACUGGCCUGUUGGUCCUAUGGACCGGUUGGACCAACUGGCCUGUUGGUCCUAUGGACCGGUUGGACCAACUGGCCUGUUGGUCCUAUGGACCGGUUGGACCAACUGGCCUGUUGGUCCUAUGGACCGGUUGGACCAACUGGCCUGUUGGUCCUAUGGACCGGUUGGACCAACUGGCCUGUUGGUCCUAUGGACCGGUUGGACCAACUGGCCUGUUGGUCCUAUGGACCGGUUGGACCAACUGGCCUGUUGGUCCUAUGGACCGGUUGGACCAACUGGCCUGUUGGUCCUAUGGACCGGUUGGACCAACUGGCCUGUUGGUCCUAUGGACCGGUUGGACCAACUGGCCUGUUGGUCCUAUGGACCGGUUGGACCAACUGGCCUGUUGGUCCUAUGGACCGGUUGGACCAACUGGCCUGUUGGUCCUAUGGACCGGUUGGACCAACUGGCCUGUUGGUCCUAUGGACCGGUUGGACCAACUGGCCUGUUGGUCCUAUGGACCGGUUGGACCAACUGGCCUGUUGGUCCUAUGGACCGGUUGGACCAACUGGCCUGUUGGUCCUAUGGACCGGUUGGACCAACUGGCCUGUUGGUCCUAUGGACCGGUUGGACCAACUGGCCUGUUGGUCCUAUGGACCGGUUGGACCAACUGGCCUGUUGGUCCUAUGGACCGGUUGGACCAACUGGCCUGUUGGUCCUAUGGACCGGUUGGACCAACUGGCCUGUUGGUCCUAUGGACCGGUUGGACCAACUGGCCUGUUGGUCCUAUGGACCGGUUGGACCAACUGGCCUGUUGGUCCUAUGGACCGGUUGGACCAACUGGCCUGUUGGUCCUAUGGACCGGUUGGACCAACUGGCCUGUUGGUCCUAUGGACCGGUUGGACCAACUGGCCUGUUGGUCCUAUGGACCGGUUGGACCAACUGGCCUGUUGGUCCUAUGGACCGGUUGGACCAACUGGCCUGUUGGUCCUAUGGACCGGUUGGACCAACUGGCCUGUUGGUCCUAUGGACCGGUUGGACCAACUGGCCUGUUGGUCCUAUGGACCGGUUGGACCAACUGGCCUGUUGGUCCUAUGGACCGGUUGGACCAACUGGCCUGUUGGUCCUAUGGACCGGUUGGACCAACUGGCCUGUUGGUCCUAUGGACCGGUUGGACCAACUGGCCUGUUGGUCCUAUGGACCGGUUGGACCAACUGGCCUGUUGGUCCUAUGGACCGGUUGGACCAACUGGCCUGUUGGUCCUAUGGACCGGUUGGACCAACUGGCCUGUUGGUCCUAUGGACCGGUUGGACCAACUGGCCUGUUGGUCCUAUGGACCGGUUGGACCAACUGGCCUGUUGGUCCUAUGGACCGGUUGGACCAACUGGCCUGUUGGUCCUAUGGACCGGUUGGACCAACUGGCCUGUUGGUCCUAUGGACCGGUUGGACCAACUGGCCUGUUGGUCCUAUGGACCGGUUGGACCAACUGGCCUGUUGGUCCUAUGGACCGGUUGGACCAACUGGCCUGUUGGUCCUAUGGACCGGUUGGACCAACUGGCCUGUUGGUCCUAUGGACCGGUUGGACCAACUGGCCUGUUGGUCCUAUGGACCGGUUGGACCAACUGGCCUGUUGGUCCUAUGGACCGGUUGGACCAACUGGCCUGUUGGUCCUAUGGACCGGUUGGACCAACUGGCCUGUUGGUCCUAUGGACCGGUUGGACCAACUGGCCUGUUGGUCCUAUGGACCGGUUGGACCAACUGGCCUGUUGGUCCUAUGGACCGGUUGGACCAACUGGCCUGUUGGUCCUAUGGACCGGUUGGACCAACUGGCCUGUUGGUCCUAUGGACCGGUUGGACCAACUGGCCUGUUGGUCCUAUGGACCGGUUGGACCAACUGGCCUGUUGGUCCUAUGGACCGGUUGGACCAACUGGCCUGUUGGUCCUAUGGACCGGUUGGACCAACUGGCCUGUUGGUCCUAUGGACCGGUUGGACCAACUGGCCUGUUGGUCCUAUGGACCGGUUGGACCAACUGGCCUGUUGGUCCUAUGGACCGGUUGGACCAACUGGCCUGUUGGUCCUAUGGACCGGUUGGACCAACUGGCCUGUUGGUCCUAUGGACCGGUUGGACCAACUGGCCUGUUGGUCCUAUGGACCGGUUGGACCAACUGGCCUGUUGGUCCUAUGGACCGGUUGGACCAACUGGCCUGUUGGUCCUAUGGACCGGUUGGACCAACUGGCCUGUUGGUCCUAUGGACCGGUUGGACCAACUGGCCUGUUGGUCCUAUGGACCGGUUGGACCAACUGGCCUGUUGGUCCUAUGGACCGGUUGGACCAACUGGCCUGUUGGUCCUAUGGACCGGUUGGACCAACUGGCCUGUUGGUCCUAUGGACCGGUUGGACCAACUGGCCUGUUGGUCCUAUGGACCGGUUGGACCAACUGGCCUGUUGGUCCUAUGGACCGGUUGGACCAACUGGCCUGUUGGUCCUAUGGACCGGUUGGACCAACUGGCCUGUUGGUCCUAUGGACCGGUUGGACCAACUGGCCUGUUGGUCCUAUGGACCGGUUGGACCAACUGGCCUGUUGGUCCUAUGGACCGGUUGGACCAACUGGCCUGUUGGUCCUAUGGACCGGUUGGACCAACUGGCCUGUUGGUCCUAUGGACCGGUUGGACCAACUGGCCUGUUGGUCCUAUGGACCGGUUGGACCAACUGGCCUGUUGGUCCUAUGGACCGGUUGGACCAACUGGCCUGUUGGUCCUAUGGACCGGUUGGACCUGGCCUGGGUUGGUGGACCGGUGGGGCUGGGGAUGGACUGGUGGUGGACCAACUGGCCGGUUGGUCCUGGACCGGUUGGACCGUUGGGUGGUUGGGCCAUGGGGGUUGGACCAACUGGCCUGUUGGUCCUAUGGACCGGUUGGACCAACUGGCCUGUUGGUCCUAUGGACCGGUUGGACCAACUGGCCUGUUGGUCCUAUGGACCGGUUGGACCAACUGGCCUGUUGGUCCUAUGGACCGGUUGGACCAACUGGCCUGUUGGUCCUAUGGACCGGUUGGACCAACUGGCCUGUUGGUCCUAUGGACCGGUUGGACCAACUGGCCUGUUGGUCCUAUGGACCGGUUGGACCAACUGGCCUGUUGGUCCUAUGGACCGGUUGGACCAACUGGCCUGUUGGUCCUAUGGACCGGUUGGACCAACUGGCCUGUUGGUCCUAUGGACCGGUUGGACCAACUGGCCUGUUGGUCCUAUGGACCGGUUGGACCAACUGGCCUGUUGGUCCUAUGGACCGGUUGGACCAACUGGCCUGUUGGUCCUAUGGACCGGUUGGACCAACUGGCCUGUUGGUCCUAUGGACCGGUUGGACCAACUGGCCUGUUGGUCCUAUGGACCGGUUGGACCAACUGGCCUGUUGGUCCUAUGGACCGGUUGGACCAACUGGCCUGUUGGUCCUAUGGACCGGUUGGACCAACUGGCCUGUUGGUCCUAUGGACCGGUUGGACCAACUGGCCUGUUGGUCCUAUGGACCGGUUGGACCAACUGGCCUGUUGGUCCUAUGGACCGGUUGGACCAACUGGCCUGUUGGUCCUAUGGACCGGUUGGACCAACUGGCCUGUUGGUCCUAUGGACCGGUUGGACCAACUGGCCUGUUGGUCCUAUGGACCGGUUGGACCAACUGGCCUGUUGGUCCUAUGGACCGGUUGGACCAACUGGCCUGUUGGUCCUAUGGACCGGUUGGACCAACUGGCCUGUUGGUCCUAUGGACCGGUUGGACCAACUGGCCUGUUGGUCCUAUGGACCGGUUGGACCAACUGGCCUGUUGGUCCUAUGGACCGGUUGGACCAACUGGCCUGUUGGUCCUAUGGACCGGUUGGACCAACUGGCCUGUUGGUCCUAUGGACCGGUUGGACCAACUGGCCUGUUGGUCCUAUGGACCGGUUGGACCAACUGGCCUGUUGGUCCUAUGGACCGGUUGGACCAACUGGCCUGUUGGUCCUAUGGACCGGUUGGACCAACUGGCCUGUUGGUCCUAUGGACCGGUUGGACCAACUGGCCUGUUGGUCCUAUGGACCGGUUGGACCAACUGGCCUGUUGGUCCUAUGGACCGGUUGGACCAACUGGCCUGUUGGUCCUAUGGACCGGUUGGACCAACUGGCCUGUUGGUCCUAUGGACCGGUUGGACCAACUGGCCUGUUGGUCCUAUGGACCGGUUGGACCAACUGGCCUGUUGGUCCUAUGGACCGGUUGGACCAACUGGCCUGUUGGUCCUAUGGACCGGUUGGACCAACUGGCCUGUUGGUCCUAUGGACCGGUUGGACCAACUGGCCUGUUGGUCCUAUGGACCGGUUGGACCAACUGGCCUGUUGGUCCUAUGGACCGGUUGGACCAACUGGCCUGUUGGUCCUAUGGACCGGUUGGACCAACUGGCCUGUUGGUCCUAUGGACCGGUUGGACCAACUGGCCUGUUGGUCCUAUGGACCGGUUGGACCAACUGGCCUGUUGGUCCUAUGGACCGGUUGGACCAACUGGCCUGUUGGUCCUAUGGACCGGUUGGACCAACUGGCCUGUUGGUCCUAUGGACCGGUUGGACCAACUGGCCUGUUGGUCCUAUGGACCGGUUGGACCAACUGGCCUGUUGGUCCUAUGGACCGGUUGGACCAACUGGCCUGUUGGUCCUAUGGACCGGUUGGACCAACUGGCCUGUUGGUCCUAUGGACCGGUUGGACCAACUGGCCUGUUGGUCCUAUGGACCGGUUGGACCAACUGGCCUGUUGGUCCUAUGGACCGGUUGGACCAACUGGCCUGUUGGUCCUAUGGACCGGUUGGACCAACUGGCCUGUUGGUCCUAUGGACCGGUUGGACCAACUGGCCUGUUGGUCCUAUGGACCGGUUGGACCAACUGGCCUGUUGGUCCUAUGGACCGGUUGGACCAACUGGCCUGUUGGUCCUAUGGACCGGUUGGACCAACUGGCCUGUUGGUCCUAUGGACCGGUUGGACCAACUGGCCUGUUGGUCCUAUGGACCGGUUGGACCAACUGGCCUGUUGGUCCUAUGGACCGGUUGGACCAACUGGCCUGUUGGUCCUAUGGACCGGUUGGACCAACUGGCCUGUUGGUCCUAUGGACCGGUUGGACCAACUGGCCUGUUGGUCCUAUGGACCGGUUGGACCAACUGGCCUGUUGGUCCUAUGGACCGGUUGGACCAACUGGCCUGUUGGUCCUAUGGACCGGUUGGACCAACUGGCCUGUUGGUCCUAUGGACCGGUUGGACCAACUGGCCUGUUGGUCCUAUGGACCGGUUGGACCAACUGGCCUGUUGGUCCUAUGGACCGGUUGGACCAACUGGCCUGUUGGUCCUAUGGACCGGUUGGACCAACUGGCCUGUUGGUCCUAUGGACCGGUUGGACCAACUGGCCUGUUGGUCCUAUGGACCGGUUGGACCAACUGGCCUGUUGGUCCUAUGGACCGGUUGGACCAACUGGCCUGUUGGUCCUAUGGACCGGUUGGACCAACUGGCCUGUUGGUCCUAUGGACCGGUUGGACCAACUGGCCUGUUGGUCCUAUGGACCGGUUGGACCAACUGGCCUGUUGGUCCUAUGGACCGGUUGGACCAACUGGCCUGUUGGUCCUAUGGACCGGUUGGACCAACUGGCCUGUUGGUCCUAUGGACCGGUUGGACCAACUGGCCUGUUGGUCCUAUGGACCGGUUGGACCAACUGGCCUGUUGGUCCUAUGGACCGGUUGGACCAACUGGCCUGUUGGUCCUAUGGACCGGUUGGACCAACUGGCCUGUUGGUCCUAUGGACCGGUUGGACCAACUGGCCUGUUGGUCCUAUGGACCGGUUGGACCAACUGGCCUGUUGGUCCUAUGGACCGGUUGGACCAACUGGCCUGUUGGUCCUAUGGACCGGUUGGACCAACUGGCCUGUUGGUCCUAUGGACCGGUUGGACCAACUGGCCUGUUGGUCCUAUGGACCGGUUGGACCAACUGGCCUGUUGGUCCUAUGGACCGGUUGGACCAACUGGCCUGUUGGUCCUAUGGACCGGUUGGACCAACUGGCCUGUUGGUCCUAUGGACCGGUUGGACCAACUGGCCUGUUGGUCCUAUGGACCGGUUGGACCAACUGGCCUGUUGGUCCUAUGGACCGGUUGGACCAACUGGCCUGUUGGUCCUAUGGACCGGUUGGACCAACUGGCCUGUUGGUCCUAUGGACCGGUUGGACCAACUGGCCUGUUGGUCCUAUGGACCGGUUGGACCAACUGGCCUGUUGGUCCUAUGGACCGGUUGGACCAACUGGCCUGUUGGUCCUAUGGACCGGUUGGACCAACUGGCCUGUUGGUCCUAUGGACCGGUUGGACCAACUGGCCUGUUGGUCCUAUGGACCGGUUGGACCAACUGGCCUGUUGGUCCUAUGGACCGGUUGGACCAACUGGCCUGUUGGUCCUAUGGACCGGUUGGACCAACUGGCCUGUUGGUCCUAUGGACCGGUUGGACCAACUGGCCUGUUGGUCCUAUGGACCGGUUGGACCAACUGGCCUGUUGGUCCUAUGGACCGGUUGGACCAACUGGCCUGUUGGUCCUAUGGACCGGUUGGACCAACUGGCCUGUUGGUCCUAUGGACCGGUUGGACCAACUGGCCUGUUGGUCCUAUGGACCGGUUGGACCAACUGGCCUGUUGGUCCUAUGGACCGGUUGGACCAACUGGCCUGUUGGUCCUAUGGACCGGUUGGACCAACUGGCCUGUUGGUCCUAUGGACCGGUUGGACCAACUGGCCUGUUGGUCCUAUGGACCGGUUGGACCAACUGGCCUGUUGGUCCUAUGGACCGGUUGGACCAACUGGCCUGUUGGUCCUAUGGACCGGUUGGACCAACUGGCCUGUUGGUCCUAUGGACCGGUUGGACCAACUGGCCUGUUGGUCCUAUGGACCGGUUGGACCAACUGGCCUGUUGGUCCUAUGGACCGGUUGGACCAACUGGCCUGUUGGUCCUAUGGACCGGUUGGACCAACUGGCCUGUUGGUCCUAUGGACCGGUUGGACCAACUGGCCUGUUGGUCCUAUGGACCGGUUGGACCAACUGGCCUGUUGGUCCUAUGGACCGGUUGGACCAACUGGCCUGUUGGUCCUAUGGACCGGUUGGACCAACUGGCCUGUUGGUCCUAUGGACCGGUUGGACCAACUGGCCUGUUGGUCCUAUGGACCGGUUGGACCAACUGGCCUGUUGGUCCUAUGGACCGGUUGGACCAACUGGCCUGUUGGUCCUAUGGACCGGUUGGACCAACUGGCCUGUUGGUCCUAUGGACCGGUUGGACCAACUGGCCUGUUGGUCCUAUGGACCGGUUGGACCAACUGGCCUGUUGGUCCUAUGGACCGGUUGGACCAACUGGCCUGUUGGUCCUAUGGACCGGUUGGACCAACUGGCCUGUUGGUCCUAUGGACCGGUUGGACCAACUGGCCUGUUGGUCCUAUGGACCGGUUGGACCAACUGGCCUGUUGGUCCUAUGGACCGGUUGGACCAACUGGCCUGUUGGUCCUAUGGACCGGUUGGACCAACUGGCCUGUUGGUCCUAUGGACCGGUUGGACCAACUGGCCUGUUGGUCCUAUGGACCGGUUGGACCAACUGGCCUGUUGGUCCUAUGGACCGGUUGGACCAACUGGCCUGUUGGUCCUAUGGACCGGUUGGACCAACUGGCCUGUUGGUCCUAUGGACCGGUUGGACCAACUGGCCUGUUGGUCCUAUGGACCGGUUGGACCAACUGGCCUGUUGGUCCUAUGGACCGGUUGGACCAACUGGCCUGUUGGUCCUAUGGACCGGUUGGACCAACUGGCCUGUUGGUCCUAUGGACCGGUUGGACCAACUGGCCUGUUGGUCCUAUGGACCGGUUGGACCAACUGGCCUGUUGGUCCUAUGGACCGGUUGGACCAACUGGCCUGUUGGUCCUAUGGACCGGUUGGACCAACUGGCCUGUUGGUCCUAUGGACCGGUUGGACCAACUGGCCUGUUGGUCCUAUGGACCGGUUGGACCAACUGGCCUGUUGGUCCUAUGGACCGGUUGGACCAACUGGCCUGUUGGUCCUAUGGACCGGUUGGACCAACUGGCCUGUUGGUCCUAUGGACCGGUUGGACCAACUGGCCUGUUGGUCCUAUGGACCGGUUGGACCAACUGGCCUGUUGGUCCUAUGGACCGGUUGGACCAACUGGCCUGUUGGUCCUAUGGACCGGUUGGACCAACUGGCCUGUUGGUCCUAUGGACCGGUUGGACCAACUGGCCUGUUGGUCCUAUGGACCGGUUGGACCAACUGGCCUGUUGGUCCUAUGGACCGGUUGGACCAACUGGCCUGUUGGUCCUAUGGACCGGUUGGACCAACUGGCCUGUUGGUCCUAUGGACCGGUUGGACCAACUGGCCUGUUGGUCCUAUGGACCGGUUGGACCAACUGGCCUGUUGGUCCUAUGGACCGGUUGGACCAACUGGCCUGUUGGUCCUAUGGACCGGUUGGACCAACUGGCCUGUUGGUCCUAUGGACCGGUUGGACCAACUGGCCUGUUGGUCCUAUGGACCGGUUGGACCAACUGGCCUGUUGGUCCUAUGGACCGGUUGGACCAACUGGCCUGUUGGUCCUAUGGACCGGUUGGACCAACUGGCCUGUUGGUCCUAUGGACCGGUUGGACCAACUGGCCUGUUGGUCCUAUGGACCGGUUGGACCAACUGGCCUGUUGGUCCUAUGGACCGGUUGGACCAACUGGCCUGUUGGUCCUAUGGACCGGUUGGACCAACUGGCCUGUUGGUCCUAUGGACCGGUUGGACCAACUGGCCUGUUGGUCCUAUGGACCGGUUGGACCAACUGGCCUGUUGGUCCUAUGGACCGGUUGGACCAACUGGCCUGUUGGUCCUAUGGACCGGUUGGACCAACUGGCAUGUUGGUCCUAUGGACCGGUUGGACCAACUGGCCUGUUGGUCCUAUGGACCGGUUGGACCAACUGGCCUGUUGGUCCUAUGGACCGGUUGGACCAACUGGCCUGUUGGUCCUAUGGACCGGUUGGACCAACUGGCCUGUUGGUCCUAUGGACCGGUUGGACCAACUGGCCUGUUGGUCCUAUGGACCGGUUGGACCAACUGGCCUGUUGGUCCUAUGGACCGGUUGGACCAACUGGCCUGUUGGUCCUAUGGACCGGUUGGACCAACUGGCCUGUUGGUCCUAUGGACCGGUUGGACCAACUGGCCUGUUGGUCCUAUGGACCGGUUGGACCAACUGGCCUGUUGGUCCUAUGGACCGGUUGGACCAACUGGCCUGUUGGUCCUAUGGACCGGUUGGACCAACUGGCCUGUUGGUCCUAUGGACCGGUUGGACCAACUGGCCUGUUGGUCCUAUGGACCGGUUGGACCAACUGGCCUGUUGGUCCUAUGGACCGGUUGGACCAACUGGCCUGUUGGUCCUAUGGACCGGUUGGACCAACUGGCCUGUUGGUCCUAUGGACCGGUUGGACCAACUGGCCUGUUGGUCCUAUGGACCGGUUGGACCAACUGGCCUGUUGGUCCUAUGGACCGGUUGGACCAACUGGCCUGUUGGUCCUAUGGACCGGUGGACCAACUGGCCUGUUGGUCCUAUGGACCGGUUGGACCAACUGGCCUGUUGGUCCUAUGGACCGGUUGGACCAACUGGCCUGUUGGUCCUAUGGACCGGUUGGACCAACUGGCCUGUUGGUCCUAUGGACCGGUUGGACCAACUGGCCUGUUGGUCCUAUGGACCGGUUGGACCAACUGGCCUGUUGGUCCUAUGGACCGGUUGGACCAACUGGCCUGUUGGUCCUAUGGACCGGUUGGACCAACUGGCCUGUUGGUCCUAUGGACCGGUUGGACCAACUGGCCUGUUGGUCCUAUGGACCG